GAAUUUAAUAUCAGAGCUCAAACCCAUUUUCCCUAUUUUGCAAUCAUCUUGUGCUUUAACUAAAUUGUCUGCCCGUCUCAUAGUGUAAUGGAGAUGAACAAACCAUUUCUUGUAGUUUUGUUCAUACAAUCCAUUUAUGCUGGCUAUUUCUUGCUUUCAAAGGUUGCUUUUGAUGUUGGCUUGAACCCAUAUGUUUUUGUCUUCUACAGACAAGCUGCUGCAACUGUUUUCUUAGCUCCGACUGCUCUGUUUUUCCAAUGGAAAACUGCUCCUCCAUUGUCAUUCACCAUUUUCAUCAAGAUUUUCUUGCUCUCCCUUUGCGGGAUAACUAUGAGCUUGGAUAUUUUUGGUGUUGCUUUGACAUAUACAACGGCAUCUUUGGCCGCUGCUACAAUUAACACACUUCCAGUUAUUACUUUCUUCCUUGCAAUUUUAUUCAGGAUGGAGAAAGUGAAGCUGAGGACCAGCCCAGGAUUUAUGAAAGUUUCAGGAGUUGCACUUUGUUUGGCAGGAGCAACAACCAUUGCCUUGUACCGGGGCCCUUUCUUGAAACUUUUGUUACAUCAUCACCUAAUUAAAAGCCACCACCAACAACUUGAAGGCCAUUCUAUUCCUUCUACUUUAACAUGGAUUAAGGGCGUCUCACUCAUGCUGCUUUCCAACUUAAGUUGGGCGCUGUGGCUUGUAUUACAGGGCCAUGUACUGAAAAGUUACCCUUCAAAGUUCCUCCUAACAACCCUACAAUGCUUUUCGAGCACCAUACAAUCAUUCUUUGUUGCUGUUGCUUUUGUAAGAGACCCGAAUGAAUGGAAACUUGGAUGGGAUGUAAAACUCAUAUCAAUAGCCUACUGUGGAAUAGUGGUGACUGGUAUUACAUUUUAUUUGCAAACGUGGGUCGUAGAGAAGAAGGGUCCUGUCUACCUCGCCAUGACAACUCCAUUGAUUCUGAUAUUUACAACUGCUGCAUCCACAUUCCUCUUUGGGGAGAUAAUUAGUCUUGGAAGUGUCUUGGGAACACUUUUUCUAGUUGGAGGACUUUAUUGUGUGCUAUGGGGAAAGACCAAAGAGGAAGAAAGGGAGAAGGGAAUUUGUGCUGCAAUAAUUGAUGCUGAGAAAGCCAAUGGUGGAAUAAAGGAAGAGAUCACAACAUAAUUAUAUAUACACAACUACCACAUAUCUGCAUUUGAGUGGGGUAGUUUAAAAUUCUUGUUUUGCCUCUUCAGGCAUGGCAUAUGCUUCUCGAUUAACGGCAUGCGAUUCAUAGUAGUAGUAGGAUCUAGGUAUAGGAUCCACACUUUUUCCCCACCUCGUGUAAAGUUAAGUUCUAUGCUAAAUUGGCUAUUAAUAUAUAUCAAUUUACGUUUUGUCUA